AUGCGAAGUACUUCGUCAAACACCAAUUUGCAAGGAGAGGACAAACUAAUCAAAGAGUUGUUGAAAAAAUACAAAAAACUAGAGUUGGCUCUCAACAAAUUCAAUUCCAAGAAAUAUAACCAUGCAGGCAACGCGACGAAUGGCGCGGUUUUAAAAGGAAACUUGUUGAGAACUUCGCUAAUACCGUUUCUCCGAAGUGCAAACCAACUUGAACAGUAUUUUGCCAAGGACUCCAAGAUUUAUCAAAGCUUGACCAGCGUGGUUUUGGCCAUUUUGAUCAAGUGGUGGAACUCGCUCAUUGGUAACUUGACCUACACGGGCUCUUCUGCCGCUGGAUUGAACACCUGCAUUUCACACGAACCAGUGCACUACUCUUUGAUUCCUGCAUCUGACAGAAACGCUUAUCUCGAGUGCAUCUCGAGAAUCAUCUCGAGGGAUGACUGGAGCCAGUAUGACGAGAACGAGGCAAACGAUCAUCAAACGUUGCUAAUUGCCACGUUGGACUUUUGCAUCGACCGGCUAUCUACUUUGAAAACUUUGUCUGGGUCGAUGGCCGCUUUCAUUGGAAAAGUGUUUGCAUACAGUUUUUACAGAAUACCCGAGGUGUCAAACGCGUUGUUGUUUUUGCUCAAUGUAAAGCAAAUCACACUCGAGUCAUUCUACAAGAUUGUUCCCGGUGUUACCGAUAUCGAGAAACUCAGGAGCUUAUUUCCCGUACACCUUCACUAUCUUCUUGAUUUUAAAGGGGUCCAAAAUCUCUCCACGAGGGGACAAAGAUGUUAUAUGAACUGUAUGCCACCUCCUCAACAUCCGGUUGCCGGUAUCAAAAACCCCAAUGGCGAUUGGGUGAGACGGUGGUGCGGAUCGGACUCAAACGUAUUCAAUUCGUUUCUUCGGCAUUAUGUCGAUAUCGCUCAAAAAUUGGUUGAAGAAGAAGAGGCAGAUUUCAAUGUGGUGAUUGGCUGCCCCGGUUUCAACAUCAUAUUGAGCCAUGUUUUCCAAAUCUUUCAAGUUGCGGUGUCCAGGAUCACCGCCAAUAUAAGCACCAAUAUUGGUUCCAAGGUUACCAGUUCUUCCUUGCCGGUCUUGCCAAGAACAACCGAGGAAAGUUUGGUGCCUCCGCUUCCUCCCCCGUCUCCACUCAGCAUCAAUAUCAAGCAGAGUGACAUGUAUUACAGCUCCAUCAUCAAAAUCUUUAAAACAGUACGGGACGUGACCUAUUGCGCCACUGCCAAAGAGAAAACCAUCGACUGCAUCAGCGCUAGUCUUGUCAAGGUUAUCGACUUGUGCUUUAUCUCCAUUGCAAAAGAAACUUCCGUCUACGACUUUAACAAAAACGGACUCAUCCUUGCCGUGAUUAAUGAGUUUUUGAACCAUCUUGAAAAUAAUUCGUCGGCAGAGGUGAAAUAUCUCAUAAACUGGGAGUUUUGGCUCAGCUGCAACUAUAUGAUGAUCCAGCACGCGGACCACACCCAAAGUCUAUUGAAAAACUUUGCUUUCCUUUUCAACAUUUGGGAUAUGAUCCCCGAUGCGUUGUGUUCUUUUGUUAAAGGAGUAGAGGAAAAAACGAUUGAGACUGUGAGAAUGGAUGAAAAAUUUAGAUGGAUUACAAACCUUGAAGAUUCAUUCAAGCUCAACUUUGUCAAUUACCUCAUCAAGGAUGAGACUUUUGAGACAUUUUUCACACACUGGAACCCGUUGGUACGUUCGUAUUACAUCAAGUUGUUGGUUUGGAGAAUCAUUGGAAUCAACAACUAUCAGUCAUCGACAUCGAUCCAGACUACAAGAACACUUCAAAUGAAACUUAAUCAAUCUUUUGAAACUCUUCUGGGCUUUACAAUGGUCAACAAUGGUAGGAUGCAGCUAAACUACAAACCCGAUAGUCCCUUGGUGAAUCGGAAAUUUGGCAUCCUUCCCAUAAGCAAGGACGAUUAUUUGAUAGACAACCUAUCUGACAUUUACUUGCCAGCCACGGCUAUGAAGACAUCCGAGUUGAGGAAAACGCACCCCUAUGAGAUUUUCGACGAGGCCAUAUAUACCUGUUCAACCGUCCCUUCAACGACACCAAGCGAGACUAAUGUCUUGGACACUACUCCAUCGGCUACCCCUCCCGCCAAGAACAACUCUCUUGUGAGCUCGAUUGGAAAAUUGUUGAGGAUUCUUAGCGAUGGUGAUGACGACGACAAUGACAAAAACAACAACAGCAACAAGGACAAGGACGAUGAAGAGGCUUUUACAUUAAAGAGAAAUGCUGUGUCCUCGUCAUCGUUGUCUGCUUCGUCAUUCAAGUCGAGGUCGUCUUCUCCAAGCAUCAUGUCGUUGAACUCUGCGCCGACAUCGAACACGGAAUCUUCAUCGGCCAAGUCGGAUAGCGACUCCAUCUUGACCAUUGACACAUUAAAGUUGCAAAAGGAACCGUUGCAGGAUAUGGAAGACAAUGCCCAAUCUUACAACAUUCAACCGCCGGAGUUGUCCAAAUUGCCCCCAAAGAUUAUCAGACCGAUUUUCAAGUUUGAUAUUAUUGUCUGCCAUGAGUCGAUGAAUGAAAAAUACCAAAUGAUCAACCACAAGAACAUGAACAGAAUGUAUGUUCCGCAAGUACAGAUGACGAUGCCUCAGACUUUGUUUUUCCCGCAUCAUCCGCAACUCCCUUACAUUUCCCUUUUCCUUAAUUCGGACUUGGAAGACCACAAGUUAUUCUUGAAUGAAGAAGAUGACGGCAUUUUUCUUGAGAAGAUGUAUUCAAACAAGACGGCAGGAUCCAUUCCCUCCGACUUGUCUUCGAUGUCUGGGUCUAUGUCCAUGUCCAUGUCUGCGUCGCCAUCUCUAUCGAGGAUGAACUCCAUCACCAUGUCCAAGUCAACUUCAAGAUCAGCAGUUGCGACCCUGACCCUUUCAAGCAUCAGAGAGAAGAACAAAUCGACCUUAUUUGCCCAGCCUACAUUGAUCAAGAUGAUCAAUUUGGGUAAGUCCAUCAACGAAUUGAAUAUCGUUGUUGAAGAGUUUCGGGGGUACCUCAAUAGCAGAAUUGAGAUUGAUAGUCUUAACAGAGACGAUUCAGAUGCGUCGUCACCAACCAAUGAGUUUAUUUAUUUCAAGAAAAUCAUCCCGUUUUUGAGUGUUGACCCUAGCAACGAGAUGAAAUUAUUGAAUGCGAGUUAG